AUGUCUUCAACAUCCUCUUCAGAUGUCGAGUCAGGUGAGACCCUGACGGAUACUGAAAGAGAAGCUGGCGCAGCAGUUCCCUCGAUUGACGGAGUAGACGAGUCUGCCAAUAUUCCGCGUAGAAAACUUCGCCAAAGACUUCAUGACUGGGUUGACGAAACCAUCGAUGGAUUCAAGGAACACGAUCGAAGUCGACAAGAGGCAGCUUACGGCGCUACUGGGGAGCCUCCCCUGCGCAAGAAUCUGAAGACCAUUCAAAUGCAAUUCAUUGCGUUCGGCGGGGCUAUUGGCACCGGUCUGUUUGUUGGAUGUGGCCAAGCUUUGGCAGCCGGCGGGCCUGGAUCACUGUUACUCGGCUUUUUAAUCAUCGGGCUCGACUUGCUCUGCACGAUAUACUCGUUGGCGGAGAUGACCUUGGUCUUACCUAUAUCAGGAGCUUUCGUCGUUCAUGCUACUCGAUUUAUCAACAAACCGUGGGGUUUUGCCAUGGGCUGGAACUAUGCCAUGCAGUGGCUCAUUAUUCUACCCCUAGAGCUUGUGGCUCUCACGAUUGUGUUCAAAUACUGGCAUGCGGUCGAUAAGGUUCCUUCUGCAGGCCUGGCUCUGAUAUUCUGGCUGGUUAUAAUUAUCAUCAAUUUGUUUGGUGUCAGAGGAUAUGGAGAAGCCGAGAUGCUCUUUGCGAUCCUCAAGAUCAUAGCGGUGGUCGGGUUCUUCGUAUUGGGAGUGGCUAUUGAUCUAGGCGCAGGCAAGAGAGGCACUUACAUCGGGGGAAUGUACUGGCACGAUCCUGGCGCCUUCACAGGUGGUUGGUGUGGCUUUUUCACCGUGUUGGUCAUUGCCGCGUUUACGUUCUCCGGCACCGAAAUGUUGUGUCUCGCGGCGGGUGAGCAUCCAGAGCCUAUUGAGGUACUUCCAAAGGCUGUCAAGCAAGUUUUCUGGCGCAUCUUCCUGUUCUACGCCUUAUCUAUCAUCACUGUUUGUCUCGUUGUGCCUUGUAAGGACCCUCGAUUGAUCGAGCACUCAGGAGAUGCUAACGCUGGAGCAUCUCCUUUCGUUAUCGCUAUAAAGAAUUCCGGAGUCCCAGUGCUUGACUCAAUACUCAAUACAGUAAUCUUGAUCACGGCGCUAUCAGUGGGAAAUACAUCUGUGUAUGCGUCGACGAGAGUCCUGGUAGCUCUAUCGGUGCAGCAUCAAGCGCCGAAGGUUCUCUCCUACAUUGACCGCAAAGGUCGACCACAGUUUGCUCUUCUGGUUGCAUUUAUUUUCGGGCUUCUUUCGAUCUUGUCACAGCUUCGCGACAAUAACGCUUUAUUUACACGGCUUCUCGCGCUUUCGGGUCUCUCUUCAAUUAUUACGUGGGGCUCUAUAUGUCUCGCACACAUCCGCUUCCGCAAAGCGUGCGAUGCCCAGAAGUUGACGGAGCGCCUUCCGUACAAAUCUCCAUUCGGUAUCUGGGGAUCUUACAUCGGGCUCUUGAUAAAUUGUGGAGUGAUUGUUGGCCAAUUCGCCCAGGUCAUAUUCGCAGUUGAAUGGAGUCAUGUCUCCACGCCCAGUCAAAUGGAGCUCUCGUGGUCAUAUUUCGUGGCGAUACCUCUUUUCGCGUUGUGCUAUUGGUCAUAUGUGGUCUAUGAACGGUGGAGUGGAGAGAUGCUGACCAUGGACUUGACAACUGGCACGAAGUUCUUGAGGCCUGGAGAAAGACGAAGACAUCGUGUCGUAAAGGGAGCUUGGUGGAAGAAGGUAUAUGAUGUAUUGUGUUGA